AUGGGGGAAAGUGAUAGACCUACAAAGAAAAUGAGAAUUGUUGACACCUCAUCUGGUGAAAAGAUUGCUGAAAAAGCAGAAGAAGAAUUAAGACAACAUCCUCAUUCAUCAAGAGAUCAAACUUUAGAAUUUCAUAAUGAUGGUGAAUUUAAAGAUAUUAUACCACAUAAAACUACUGCAAAACAAGCUCAAAAUUUAGAAGAUUCAAUUAAUAACCCAUUUACAGGUAGACCUUUCACUCAAAAAUAUUUUGAUAUUUUAAAAAUUAGACGUGAUUUACCUGUUCAUUCUCAACGUGAUGAAUUUUUAAAAAUUUUCCAAUCAACUCAAAUUAUGGUUUUCGUUGGUGAAACUGGUUCUGGUAAAACUACUCAAAUUCCUCAAUUUGUUCUUUAUGAUGAUCUACCUCAUUUAAAAGGUACACAAGUUGCUUGUACUCAACCUCGUAGGGUUGCUGCAAUGUCUGUUGCUGCAAGAGUUGCUGAUGAAAUGGAUGUUCAAUUAGGUGAAGAAGUUGGUUAUAAUAUUAGAUUUGAAAAUAAAACUACAAAUAAAACAAUGUUAAAAUAUAUGACUGAUGGUAUGUUAUUAAGAGAAGCUAUGGAAGAUCAUAAUUUAUCUCGUUAUUCUGUUAUUAUUCUUGAUGAAGCACAUGAACGUACUUUAGCAACUGAUAUUCUUAUGGGUCUUUUAAAACAAAUUGCUGAUAGAAGAAAAGAUUUAAAAAUUAUAAUCAUGUCUGCUACUUUAGAUGCUGAAAAAUUUCAAAAUUAUUUUAAUGAAGCUCCAUUAUUAGCUGUUCCAGGUAGAACUCAUCCAGUUGAAAUUUAUUAUACACCAGAAUAUCAAAAAGAUUAUUUAGAUUCUGCUAUAAGAACUGUUUUACAAAUUCAUGCUACUGAAGGUGAAGGUGAUAUCUUAUUGUUCCUUACAGGUGAAGAAGAAAUUGAAGAUGCAUGUAGGAAAAUUUCAUUAGAAGGUGAUGAAUUAAUUAGAGAACAAGGUAGUGGUCCUUUAAGUGUUUAUCCAUUAUAUGGUUCUUUACCACCACAUCAACAACAAAAAAUCUUUGAAAAAGCUCCAGAACCUUAUAAUGGUCGUCCUGGUAGAAAAGUUAUUGUUGCUACAAAUAUUGCAGAAACUUCUUUAACAAUUGAUGGGAUUGUUUAUGUUGUUGAUCCUGGGUUUUCAAAACAAAAAGUUUAUAAUCCAAGAAUUAGAGUUGAAUCACUUUUAGUUUCACCAAUUUCAAAAGCAAGUGCUCAACAAAGAGCUGGUCGUGCUGGUCGUACAAGACCUGGUAAAUGUUUUAGAUUAUAUACAGAAGAAGCUUAUAAAAAGGAAUUAAUUGAAGCAACUUAUCCAGAAAUUUUAAGAUGUAAUUUAUCAUCAGUUGUUUUAUUAUUGAAAAAAGUUGGUGUUGAUGAUUUAGUUCAUUUUGAUUUUAUGGAUCCUCCAGCUCCAGAAACAAUGAUGAGAGCUUUAGAAGAAUUAAAUUAUCUUGCUGUAUUAAAUGAUGAUGGUGAUUUAACUUCUUUAGGUAGAUUAGCUUCAAAUUUCCCAUUAGAUCCAUUAUUAGCUGUUAUGUUGAUUGGAUCUGCUGAUCAUAAAUGUUCAGAAGAAAUCUUAACAAUUGUUAGUUUAUUAAAUGUACCAAAUGUUUUUGUUAGACCUGCAAAUGCAAGAAAAUAUGCAGAUGAAGCAAAAUUAAAUUUUGCUGAUCAAUCUGGUGAUUUUGUUACAUUAAUCAAUGUAUUUAAUGAAUUUCAAGAAGCUUUAAAUCAAGGUGGUAUAAAUCAAUGGUGUCGUGAUAAUUUCAUUUCUUACAGAACAAUGCAACAAGCUAUAAAUAUUAGAAAACAAUUAUAUAGAAUGAUGGAAAAUUUUGAUAUUCCAAUUCUAAGUACUUCACAAGAUGAUAAAAAAUUUAAUAAAUAUAUAACAAGAGCUUUAUUAGGUGGAUUUUUCAUGCAAGUUGCUAUUAAAAGUGGUAAAGGUUAUAAAACUGUUGAUGGUCAAGAUGUUUUAGUUCAUCCAAGUACUGUUUUACCAACUUCACCUGAAUUUUUGUUAUAUAAUGAAUUGGUAUUAACUUCAAAAACUUAUAUUAGAACUGUUCAUAGUGUUAAAGGUGAUGAAUUGAAAAAAUUUCAAUUCUUUAGUGAUUAUAAAUUUUGA